CUUGCCUUGUUUUUCUCUCGGUUUUAUCUAUGUGGCAAGAACGGAAGACUCUUGUAGCUGCUGGAAUUGGCGCUUCUCUGCUUGUUUACUAUCUGUUCAAAUACUUCAAAAGGAAAACUCAAAGCGACCUGAUACCUAUAGGAAUUGUGAAGGAACUGUAUGUGUACCCCAUAAAAUCAUGCAAAGGAAUCAAUGUGUUCUCGUUUUUCUGCCAUCCCCUCGGUCCUGUAUCUGGAGAAAAUUUUGAUCGCUUCUUCGUCGUCAUUGAUGGCAAAACUGGGCGGUUUUAUACCGCUCGGCAGAAGCCUGUGAUGGUGACCAUCGAAUGCAGCGUUGCCGACAAUAAACUGACUGUAAGCAGUCCAGAAGGGAAUAGAGCGACCAUCGACAUCGAAAGCGUCCGUCAGAGAAAUUUGGUAAAAACGGCAUUGCUCCAUUCAAACCUGCGCACUGAUGGUCUCGACUGUGGUGACGAAGCAGCUAAAUUCUUUGCUGACGCUCUGCAGGAGCCAGACGCACGCCUCUUGAUGUACAAUGAAGGGCUGUUUACGGAGAGAACAUGCGUUCCUCAUCCAGACUGGUGGAAUAAUAACGUGCCGAAGAGAGCUGAUGAUAACGCUUAUGCAGAUCUAUCUCCAUACAUGCUCACUACGCAAGCAUCAUUAGAGUCUUUAAAUACUCAUUUGGAACAAGAUGUCAGCACAUCGAAUUUUCGUCCAAAUAUUGUCGUAGAUGGCUGCCCAGCUUGGGACGAAGAUAAAUGGAUUGUUGUGAAGAUCGGCGAAACUAAAUUACAAUGUUUCAAACCAUGUACAAGAUGUGUGCUGACUACUGUUGAUCCAAAAACAGGACGAAAGGAUAAAGACAUGCAACCAUUGAAAAAGCUUCGAGAGUUUCGUCUUGCUCCUCCAGGUCCCAUGCGUGAGCAACACAGGGAUAAACCGAUCUUUGGCGUAAAUGCUGGAGUAGACAAACCGGGUCAUAUUCACGUAGGCCAGACUGUCUAUGUCCGCUACAAGAAAUCAGCCUUCUGA